ACAUACUAUUGCAAAUCUUUCUUGACAGACAAUGGAGAACAAGUUUUGGUUGAUGUGGAAGAUAAAACCAACAAAGAGAUAACUGAGCACAUUAAAAAAAUCUUGGGGAAAAGCAAAGAAACACUUGAAAAAGAGGAAAGAGAAAGGCAAAAACUAUCGCACCCAGCCACUUUUGGGCCCAAGAAGUAUCAUCUGCGAGAAUGCAUGUGUGAAAUCGAAGGCCAAGUUCCCUGCCCUGCUCUUGUGCCACUGCCUAAAGAGAUGAGGGGAAAAUACAAAGCUGCUAUGAAAAAUGAAGCAUCAGCCUGACAAUUCUCGUCAUGCAGUUGUUUUUCUUCAGGGCUGGAUGAUCAAGGUACUGCAGUGAAAGAGCUAACAGCUCCUGGAAACAGGAGCAAUCAGGGUCAUGUAAUACAGGCAACCUUGUCUCAUAAGUCUUCUUACAGUUAAAACUAGACAAAGUGAAAAAUAAAAGUUAAAAAUCCAGCUUUUUUGGUGCUAGUUUUACAAAGCAUUACAAUCAACGCUUGCAUAAAAGGAAAACAGUGGCUAGAGCCUGCAUGUAUAAGGUUAUGGCAAAACCAAGAUCAUGCUUACUGUGGGAUAGACACUAGACUAAAAAGUUACUUUAGCUUAGAAGCAGCACAGAGUGCUACAAUUUAUAGGAAGUGGUGUAAAAGUGUUCUGCUGAUUUCUGUCUUGCACUAACUGAAGACAGCCAAAUGACCAUGUAACUCCAGGCUCAAACUACACACACAGAGUUUUCUUAAUUCAGAAACAGUUAAAAAAAAAAAUCUCAUUUACAAGAUACAACUUUUGCAGUUGAUACUGCAGCUCCAGGCAGCACUGAUCAGGUCAAGAAUAGCAGAAAGGAGAGUAUGUAAGCUGGUAUUUGAAAAAAUACUUCACAGUUAUCUUUAUUGUCUUUCAAAAUUUUUUAAAACUACACUUAAAUAAAGACAAUUUCCUAAAUAGUCUUCCUUUAAAAAAAAAAAUGCCAUACAAAGGAGAAGUGUGUCUAGAUAUGUCAGCUUCCAGCAAAUUCUGGCCAGCAAGUUCAUUCUGCUUCAAAGUCCAGUGCUGCUG